AUGACAGGGGCAGGGCUGGCUACGCUGCUACAGCUGGUCGUCAAUGGCACCAACCUUGGGGGGUCUCUGGCCAAGAUCCCAUCGCUGUGGCAGAGUUUCAUUUUGACGCAGAAACAGGCAGCUGAGAAUGACUGCCUGCAGGUGUACCAUCGCGAACUGGACAUACGCGCUGACCAA